UUCAAACCGUUUCCGCGUUAGUUAAUCACUAAAGUUUUUAUCAGUGAAUGACUGUAUACUGCCUGGAUCGAAGUGAGGUGUUAUUCUAAACCGCCAAGUGCUAGUCAAGUCGUAAUUCACGUUCAUCUGUGUCGUGCCUGUGGCUAUUCUUCUUGCUGCCGUCGUUGUAGUUUGACAAUAAACAAUCGACGAACCGUUUGCUGCUGUGAUUUACCAUCUGCAUAGUUAAAGGCGUAUUCCUGCACAUAGAAUGAGUUCGGAGAAAAAUUGUGCAAAGUGCAGUCUGAUUAUUGCAGGCAUCGAUUCCGUUGUAUGCAGAGGCUACUGUGGACGCAUGUUUCAUAUGGCAUGCUCUGGAGUUUCUCGCGCUCUAUUGGGUUAUUUCUCAUCUCAUCGUAAAAAUUUAUUUUGGAUGUGUGAUGAUUGCGCCAAUUUGUUCGAAAAUUCGCAUCUCCGCUCCAUUACGAAAUUGGCAGACGAAAAUUCACCUUUGGUGUCGUUGACGGAAGCAAUUAAUGGUUUACAAAACGAAAUCAAAACAUUGUCAAAACCUGCUCCUCUGACUCCCACACCGCUCAAUAUGCGCUGGCCAUUCAUCGAGGGUCGCCGUCCAGCCAAAAGACCUCGUGGGCCUGACUUGGAACAAAAAGCUUCCGAAUGCAAAUCUGGAUCGAAGCAAAUCGGAGAAAACGUUGUUUGUGUUCCAGUUUGUGAACAGCAACCCGACAAAUUUUGGCUAUAUUUGUCUCGUAUACGUCCAGACGUCACCAAUGAUGAGAUUGCUGCUAUGGUGCGAGCCAAUCUUGAAAUGAAUGAGGAUCCAGUAGUUGUUAAACUGGUCGCCAAAGGUACCGAUGUUAGCAACAUGACCUUUGUAUCAUUUAAAGUUGGCCUCGAUCCUGCACUACAAGCUAUCGCCUUGGAACCUUCAACUUGGCCCCAAGGAAUCUAUUUUCGCCAAUUCGAGGAGAAAUCAUCCCAAAAAUUUUGGAAACCAGCUGCUGUGGAUCCAUCUCCAACGCCUGUUUCAACGCAAGGAGGAAUAGUUCAGCAGUGAUGCAAUGCAGUAUACUGGGACGCACCGUAGUUGAUAUUGUGGAAGCCCCUGACCCCCCUUCCCCAGUCGUGCCACCGCUGCCAGCGUUCAUCAGCCGUCCUGGUCCUGCGGCUUCCAGAUUAUCAAGCGCUGAUUUGUUUUAUCCCGUGUCGCAGAAUGACGAACAAGAUGACGUUGGUAUCUGGGUGUACUACCAGAAUGUUCGGGGGUUGAGGACAAAAAUCGACGAGAUCUUUUUAACGACGAGUGACUGCAACUUUGAUGUCAUCUUUUUGACCGAGACCGGACUGGAUAGCCGAAUAAACUCUCAGCAGUUGUUUGGAAAUUCCUUCAAUGUUUUUCGCUGUGACCGCAGCUCAGCCAAUAGUGACAAAGCAUCAUUUGGUGGAGUUUUGAUUGCCAUUUCACGAAAACACGUCAGCUCUAUCAUUGAAACGGUGAAUGGUCAGUGUCUUGAACAAGUGUGUGCAAGUGCUACAGUGCGGGGUAGAAAGUUACUGCUAUGCGGUGUGUACAUUCCCCCUGAUAAAAGCCAAAACGUUGAUGUGAUCGAUGCGCACAUUUCAACUGUUUCGGAACUGUGCAGUAAAGGUUCUGUGAAUGAUAUUGUUCUUGUGUGUGGUGAUUUCAACCAGCCCCGCAUUGUGUGGAAUCAACGGCAUGAAGAAACACAACCCGCUUGUUCUUUGUUGCCAUCCGCUGCUGGUACAGCGCUGAUCGACGGUAUGGAUUUUUUAAAUCUACAUCAAGCAAACCAGUGCAGAAAUCAUCUUGGGCGAUUGCUCGAUUUGGUCUUUUGUUCUUCGGAGCAUCAAUUAAUAGUUGAUUGUAGUGUUACUCCACUGCUACCUGUCGACCCGCAUCAUCCGCCUUUAGUUAUCUCGUUGGCUGCUGACUGCGAAAACAAUUUCCGGAACAUGGACUUCACGAAUGAAUCAAGGCCAUUAAAUUAUAGGAAAAUUGAUUUUGGUGCUUUACUUGAAUUCUUGCAAAACGUUAACUGGAGUGCUUUGCAAGAUAUCGACAACGCAAAUGAAAUGGCAUAUUUUUUCUGUAACAAAAUAACUCAGUGGUUAAGUUCAAAUUUGCCUUUUGUAAAACGGCCAAUAAGUCCUCCUUGGAGCACAGCUUUGCUUCGUAAAUUGAAACGAAUUCGAAAUGCUUGGCAGCGCAAACAUCGUCGCUGGAAGAGCUCUGAAAUAAAACGAAUGUUCAAAAGUUCCAGUGAUAACUAUCGCAAAUUAAACGCGGGGUUGUACAAAUCCUACGUUAUGCGGGUUCAAACUGAUCUUCGUCGGAAUCCCAAACAUUUCUGGACUUUUGUAAACUCGAAACGUAAAUGCUCAUCAAUUCCUUCAAAAGUUUGUCUCGAUGGUGUUGAAUCCAGGUCAUCCUUGGAGUCAUGUGAUCUGUUUGCAAAGUUCUUUGCUUCGGUGUUUGCAGAAAAAACAGCCUCCGGUAUCGAUGCGGAGACCGCCGCGGUGGAUGUUCCUGAGAAUUUAGUGCACAUUGACACAUUUUUGGUUACUCCCGAUAUGAUUGUUGCCGCAGCGAAGAAGUUGAAACGAUCGUUCUCUGCCGGACCAGAUGGAAUACCUGCAGCGGUGUACAGUCAUUGCGCUUCUGCUUUAGCCGAUCCUUUGUGCACUAUAUUUAACAAAUCAUUUGAGUAA